AUGAAUUCCAAACCAGGUAGUGUGAAUGCUGAUGUUGAAAACUUGAAGCAUCCUGAGAUUUCUCUUCAAACAGAAUUCAACUACGUAGCUUCUGGAGGGGUGGACUCUACCUCCAAAGAUACUUUGUUUAACAGACUUAAAGACCAAUAUUGGGAACCAAAUGCUGGGAUAUUUCUAUUAAUUGUGUCUUAUUUCUUUAAUUCAGUGAUGCAAGUAUCAACAAAAGUUUUGGAGACUUUUGGAGAUAAACCAGAUGAAGACAGAAUUAAACCUUUACAAAUUCUAUUGAUUAGAAUGGUUAUUACUUCAAUUGGAAUAAUAGUUUACGUAUAUAUGAAUAGAAGAACUAUACCUUAUGUGCCGUUUGGUAAUCCACAAGUAAGACAAUGGCUAAUUUUGAGGGGUAUAUUUGGGUUUAUUGGUGUCUUUGGUAUGUACUUUUCGUUAAUGUAUUUAACUAUAAGUGAUGCUGUUCUAAUUUCAUUUAUGGCUCCAAGUUUUACACUAUUUUUGGCAUGGUUUGUUCUAGGUGAACCAUUUUCUAAAUUAGAAGGUGUUGGGUCAAUUCUGUCACUUACUGGGGUACUAUUUAUUGUAAGGCCAUCAUUCAUAUUUGGUGGCUCUAUCGAAAAUGAGAAAAGUCAUGAUUUAUCUAUAGCAACAGGAAGAACAAGAUUUAUUGCGACAACUAUUGCAUUGUUUGGAGCAGCUUCAUUAAGUGGUGUUUACAUUGUGAUACGAUUCAUCGGAGCUAAAGCUCAUGCCAUUAUGAAUGUCAGCUAUUUUUCAGUAGUUACAGGUAUUGUCUCAUUACUUGGUGUACUUUUUAUCCCAUCCAUGAAAUUUCAAGUUCCUGAAGGUUCCACUGAAUGGAUCUUAUUCUGUACAAUUGGCGUAUGUGGAUUUAUUCACCAAUUACUAUUGACAAUGGGUAUUCAAAAAGUUAGGGCAGGUAAGGGAUCUUUGAUGUCAUAUACGCAAGUGAUAUAUGCAAUUUUUUGGGAUGUGACCCUUUGGGGAAGGUGGCCAAAUGCAUGGUCUAUAUUUGGCAUGUUUUUAAUUAUAGGUAGUACAAUUUGGGUUAUUAGAUUAAAGGAACAGGAAGUGAGUAGACAAAGUACUGUCCUUAUAGAGGAAGAGCCAUUAGAAUCUCUUGAGCUACAAAAUAAAGGGAAUCUAGUUUAA